GUGCGCGUGUCGGUGUGGUAAUGGUGUAUUAUAUUUUUAUAUAUAUAUAUAUGGUGCAUAUGAAACACCGGUUGACCGGUUGUGGUUUUUUUCGUGUGUGUAUUGAAUAAAUAAACAACAAAAACAACAACAACGUUUCAUCGAAUAACCAACCAACUAUAGCAAACGAAAUCUGAUCAUCCAGUUUUUUUUGUCGUUGCCUGAUCAAAUUGGCGGGAAUACAAAAUACAAAAGUAUCUCACCCACUGCCACCACAAUUGUGAUAUUUUUUCCUUCUUCUUCAAAACGAAAAAAAAAUCAAGAGCUCAGAAAAAAACCCGCUGAUCAAUCAAUCAAUCAAUCAACACCUACCCACGCAAGUUGUGGUCGUUUUUUUCAUCUUCUUCUUCUUCUGUUUCCUCAUCAUCAACACUAGAAAAAAAAUUCUAUUCAACCUGUGUCCGUUUUUGUUUAGUUUGUUUCUGUGUAUGUGUAUGUGUGUGUAAUACUCAAGUGCCAAAAAAAAAAAAACUUAACACCACCACAACGGAACCAUUGAUUGUGAAAAGAUUGAAAAUAAAAAAAUUUAAAAAAAAAAGUUUCAACCAAUACUGCCACACACACACACAUUUUUUUUACUUAACACUGCCACAAACACAUCCAGUUGACCAAACAACGAAAUCAUCAUCAUCAUCAUCAACAUGAUCUUACGACUAUUCAUUUGUGCCAUUUUGCAGUUUUGCAUAAUUGGCCUGACGUUUGGUGUUGUACCACAGAUUACACGUCUUAAUGUACAAUGUGAUCGUAGCGGUAUGAAAGUGAUGGUCGAAUUCGAUAAUACAUUCAAUGGUAUCAUAUUUUCAAAAGGACAUUUUAGUGAUCCAAAUUGCCGCUACAUACAACCAAAUACGAGUACACAAUCAUUGGAAUUUCAAAUACCAGUGGAUCAAUGUGGAACGAAUACAUUGGAUAUUGAAUCAGAAAAUGGUGAACCAGCAAAACGUGGAUUCGAAAAUAUUGUCGUGUUUCAAAAUGAUCCAAUCUAUCAAGAACAAUGGGAUCAUGCACGUAUGAUGGUAUGCCGUUAUUCGAUGGAUGAUGAUUUUGAUUCAAAAGAUAAACGUGUCAUCUUUAAGCCGAUUAUUAUCGAUAUGUUGGACGUUGUAAGCAUACCGAUCGAAGAUGAAGAUGGUACACAAUCACGUGUAGAUUGUUGGAUGGAAAUAUCGAAAGGACGUUUCCCACAUACAAUGGAUAUUGAAGGUGCAGUAAAAGUUGGUUCACCAUUAACAUUGGCCAUUUUUGUUAAAGAUCCACGUAAACGUACCGAUAUUCGUGUUAAAGAUUGUUAUGCAUAUGAUGAUCCAAAAGUUGCUGAAAGUAAUGGACCAGCAUUAUUGCAAUUGACAGAUUUUGAUGGCUGUCCAAAUCGACCAAAAUUGAUUGAAGUAUGGAAACGAACACUGGACACUGGUGAUACGGGUGCAACGGUCAUUGCAUUUACAACGGUUACGGCAUUUAAAUUUCCGGAUCGUCCCGAUCUACAAUUGACAUGUAAUAUUGAAUUAUGUCGUGAAAAAUGUUCAUCACGUUGUUCAUCGGAAAUGCCUGAGCCAACAAGUGUUGGUGCAUGGACUAAAACCACUGUGGACGAUGGUUCCACCAAUACGGCUACUACAACUGAUACUAAAGAUGAAAAUGGCGGUACUGAUGCUGGUGAAACCGAUGAAGAUAAAGAUACUGAUACUGCCACCGCAGAAGAAGGUGAUGCUGAAGAUGGUGAAGAAGAAAAAACAACGGAUGAAAAAGAAGGUGGCGAUGAAGGUGAAGAGACAACCGCUGAUGAAGAAGAAUCAUCAUCGGAUAAUGGUGAUGAAGAAUCUAAAACAGAAGAUGAUGGUGAUGAUGAAGAAAAAGAAACCACCGCAGAUGAAGGUGGUGAUGAUGAAUCAUCAAAAAUGACUGCUUCAGAAGAAACACCAGCUGAAGAAGAAACAUCGGAAAAAGAUGGUGAUGAAGAAGAAGAAUCAACAGCCGAAGAAGGUGGUGAAGAAGCUGAACCGGCUGCAGAAGAAGAUGAAAAAGAAGAAGCAAGUGAAGAAAUGGCAGCUGAUGAUGAGGAAAAUGAACAAACUGGUACUGAUGAAGAAACAGAAACUACGGCUGAAGAUGAAACACCGGCUAAAGAAGAAACGGAUAGUUCCGGUGAACCAGCAUCGACGGAAGAAGAAACCACAGCCAAUGAUGAUGAAACAGCUGAUUUAGGUGAAGAUGAGAAUAAAUCUGAACAAGAAAUAGAACCAACUGGUACGGCCGGUAGUGAAGAUGGUGAAGAAGAACAACAAGCUUGGGAAGAUGAAAGUGAAAAUGAAACUACUAGUGAUGAUGAAGAACAAGAUGAAACGGAAAAUGGUACUGAAGAUGAAGAAGAGGAAGAUGAAAAGAAAAAAGCUCGAUUACAAGCAGCACCAACAACAACAACAACAACAGUAGCAAGGAAAAAGAUUUCCAAUGUUGUAACAGCAUCAAAAUCAACAAAUAAAUCAAAAUCAAAAUCAAAAACCAAACCAACAACCACAUCGACGACAACUACCACCACUUCAACAACAACAACAACAACAACAGCUAAACCAAUUAGUAAAAUACGUAAAUCAUCGAAAAAACCAAAAGAAGCAUCACAACGAAAAUCGUCGACACAAAAAUCAUUAAACAAUGCACAACGUCGUGCACAAAUAAUGGAUACAUCGGAAAAUUCUGUGGAUGAAAUACGAUCAUCGUCGACUAAAUUACAACAACAACAACAAUCACCAAAAACGGCUGCAUCCGGAAACAAAAAGAUAAGUAAAGCCACAAGAUUAAAGGAUAUACUACCAUCGCAACCGCAACAACAUCCACAAUCAAUGAUGAUGGCCAAUCAUAUGUCCACAACAACUUUAAGACCAUUGAAAGAAUUGGCAAAUUCUAGCAACACCAGCAACCAGAACAAAAAUAAAUUAUCGAAAAUAACGGCCGCUGCAAAUGCAGCCAAAAAAUUGAAAUCUAAACGACAAAAAUCCAAAACCACUACUACUACUACUACUACGACAACCACUUCAACUACGACACUUCCGCCAAAACCAAUGAAAAAAAUGUCUAAAAUUAAAUCAUCGAAUCAAAAAGCAAGUGUGGAUACAAAAUCCGGUAAUCUUAAACGUAAUACACGUCAUAAUUCUGCUGAACAAAUUGAAAUGAAUGAUAAUAAUCAAAAUCAAUCAUCAAUGAUGAUGAAUGGAUCUCCACGGCAAACAUCAUCAUUAAUAGCAAACAGGCGACAAUCACCAUAUUAUUAUGGUAUUGUUGAUGAUUCACCAUAUGAAAUGGAUGCAUUACGGUCAUUCUAUGCAUAUUCAAAUUUUCAACCACAACGUAUACGAAGAACACGUCGUACAAUACGUUCAGUUGAUCCAAUAAAAUGGUCUCAUUCAAAUGGUCAUAAUAAUAAUAAUAAUCAAAAAGGUGCCACAAUAUCAUUGGGUGCUCGUGUCAUUUCCGGUUUGGAAAUAACCAUGUGAUUUACAUCAAAAACAAAAUAAAACUUACUUUUGCCAUUUCCCGAACAAAAUUCAGAUGAUUUUAUGAUGACACGUACACGUACACACACACAUACACAUAGACAUCUAGAAAUCUAGAUUUCUUUUUUGCUUAGUCUUCAAAACACAAACACUAACACGGACUUUUUUCGAGCUAAACAUUCCAUUCACCAAAUUUUGGAACAUACACACAUAGGGGCUCGAAUAAAAAACCAAAACCAACAUCGUUGCUUUAGUUAGUAUGUAGAGAAUCUCGUAAAUUAUUAUCGAUAUGAUGAUAGUUUUUUCAAUGUUUAAAUAGUUUAGAUGUGUAGGACGCGUUAGAAUUUUUGAUUUGAUCGAUAUUCGAUAAAUAGAAUGAUGAUAGAAUUUUUUUUUGUUUCUUUUCACAAAACAUUUGGCGAUAAACAUUCGAAUUGUAUUUUUCUUUCGAUAUAUCGAUUGUAUUGUCACAUAUUUUUUUUUUAUUCGACCAUCAUCAACAAACAAACCUGUAAUAACUACCACUGUUGACACCACAGAUGUAAUUUUUUUUCGCUGUAAUUUUUGUU